CCGGAUACGUACCGGUGCUGUUGGCCCGGGUGUGACAAGUCGUACGCGCGGAAACAGUUCCUCAUAACCCACGAACAAACGGUGCAUAGGCUGGGGUGGGCGGGCUACCGGUGCGAUGAGUGCGGCAAAGAGUUUGGCAGAAAAAGCGAUUUGAAAACCCAUCGACAGCUACAUGUGUUGAGUGCGAGCGUCCGGUGCGAGUGGCCUGACUGUGACCGGGAGUUCAAGACUAGGAAGUAUAUGUUGAGACAUAUGAAUGUGCAUACGAUGGCCAGACCCUACCGGUGCCCGUAUGAGGGGUGCGACAAAGUGUACGGCAAUCACGGGUCGUAUUAUUCGCAUAAAAUGUCUCAUAAAAAGUGCAAUUAA